GCCGGUUCCGGCUGAAUGUCAGUGCUGGACUGUGGGCCGGGGGGAAGGUGGUUGGCAGUCUCUCGAGCACCUCAGCCGCUGCUUCCUCCGCUUGUGCCGCCGCCGCGGGCGCCUGGCCGCUCGGCCGCUUGGGCAUGAGACCGUGAGGCAAGCGACUGGCCGGGGCCGCCGACAUGUUUGGCCGCUCGCGGAGCUGGGUGGGCGGGGGCCAUGGCAAGUCUUCCCGCAAUAUCCACUCCUUGGACCACCUCAAAUAUCUGUACCACGUUUUGACCAAAAACACCACCGUCACAGAACAGAACAGGAACCUGCUGGUGGAGACCAUCCGAUCCAUCACCGAGAUUCUGAUCUGGGGGGAUCAGAAUGACAGCUCUGUAUUUGACUUCUUCCUGGAGAAGAACAUGUUCGUCUUCUUCUUGAACAUCCUGCGGCAGAAGUCAGGCCGCUACGUGUGCGUUCAGCUGCUGCAGACCUUGAACAUCCUCUUCGAGAAUAUCAGUCACGAGACCUCACUUUAUUAUUUGCUCUCUAAUAACUAUGUAAAUUCUAUCAUUGUCCAUAAGUUUGACUUUUCUGAUGAGGAGAUUAUGGCAUAUUAUAUAUCGUUCCUGAAAACGCUUUCGUUAAAACUCAACAACCACACGGUCCAUUUCUUUUACAAUGAGCACACUAAUGACUUCGCCCUGUACACAGAAGCCAUCAAAUUUUUCAAUCACCCCGAAAGUAUGGUUAGAAUUGCUGUAAGAACCAUAACUUUAAACGUCUACAAAGUGGAUAACCAGGCCAUGCUGCACUAUAUCAGAGAUAAAACUGCUGUCCCUUACUUCUCCAAUUUGGUCUGGUUCAUCGGGAGCCAUGUGAUCGAACUUGACAACUGUGUGCAGACGGAUGAGGAGCAUCGGAAUCGGGGGAAGCUGAGUGACCUGGUGGCUGAGCAUCUGGACCACCUGCACUAUCUCAAUGACAUCCUGAUCAUUAACUGCGAGUUCCUCAACGACGUGCUCACAGACCACCUGCUCAACAGGCUCUUCCUGCCGCUCUACGUGUACUCGCUGGAGAACCAGGACAAGGGAGGAGAACGACCGAAAAUCAGCCUGCCGGUUUCUCUCUACCUUCUGUCCCAGGUCUUCCUAAUUAUACAUCACGCACCCCUGGUGAACUCAUUAGCUGAAGUCAUUCUGAAUGGCGAUCUGUCUGAGACGUACACUAAGCCCGAACAGGAUGUUCAGAGAAGCUGUGCCAAGCCCAGCAUUCGGUGCUUCAUUAAACCCACCGAGACGCUAGAGCGGUCCCUUGAGAUGAACAAGCACAAGGGCAAGAGGCGGGUGCAAAAGAGACCCAACUACAAAAACGUUGGGGAGGAAGAAGAUGAGGAGAAAGGGCCCGCCGAGGAUGCCCAAGAAGACGCCGAGAAGGCUAAAGGUACAGAGGGUGGUUCAAAAGGCACCAAGACGAGUGGGGAGAGUGAAGAGAUAGAGAUGGUAAUCAUGGAGCGCAGCAAGCUCCCGGAGCUGGCGCCCAGCACCUCGGUGCAGGAGCAGAACACCACGGACGAGGAGAAGAGCGCCGCCACUGGCCUGGACAGCGUCCAGUGGAGCAGACCCUUCCUGGAUAUGGUGUACCAUGCCCUAGACAGCCCAGAUGACGAUUACCACGCGCUCUUCGUGCUCUGCCUCUUGUACGCGAUGUCUCAUAACAAAGGCAUGGAUCCUGAGAAACUCGAGCGGAUCCAGCUGCCGGUGCCCACUGCGGCCGAGAAGACGACCUACAACCACCUACUGGCUGAAAGACUCAUCAGGAUCAUGAACAACGCAGCCCAGCCAGAUGGCAAGAUCCGGUUGGCGACGCUGGAGCUGAGCUGCCUGCUCCUAAAGCAGCAAGUCGUGACCAGCACGGGCUGUGUCAUAAAGGACGUACACCUGGCCUGCCUGGAGGGAGCCCGAGAAGAAAGUGUCCACCUGGUGCGGCAUUUCUAUAAGGGAGAAGAAAUCUUUUUGGACAUGUUUGAAGAUGAGUACAGGAGCAUGACGAUGAAGCCCAUGAAUGUGGAAUAUCUCAUGAUGGACGCCUCCAUUCUGCUGCCCCCCACGGGCACGCCGCUGACGGGCAUUGACUUUGUGAAGCGGCUGCCGUGUGGUGACGUGGAGAAGACCCGGCGGUUUCCAUCUUCUCUGCUCUCCGAACUGUUGGUCCAGGCCAUCCGGGUGUUCUUCAUGCUCCGUUCCCUGUCACUGCAACUGCGAGGGCAGCCCGAGACCCAGCUGCCGCUGACGCGGGAGGAAGACCUGAUCAAAACGGAUGACGUCCUUGAUCUGAACAACAGCGACCUGAUCGCGUGCACGGUGAUCACCAAGGAUGGAAGCAUGCUCCAGCGGUUCCUGGCUGUUGACAUUUACCAGAUGAGUUUGGUGGAGCCUGACGUGUCCAGGCUGGGCUGGGGAGUGGUCAAGUUCGCAGGCCUUCUGCAGGACAUGCAGGUGACUGGCGUGGAGGACGACAGCCGCGCCCUGAAUAUCACCAUCCACAAGCCUGCAUCCAGCCCCCAUUCCAAGCCCUUCCCCAUCCUGCAGGCCACCUUCGUCUUCUCGGACCACAUCCGCUGCAUCAUCGCCAAGCAGCGCCUGGCCAAGGGCCGCAUCCAGGCGAGACGCAUGAAGAUGCAGAGAAUAGCUGCCCUCCUGGACCUCCCGAUCCAGCCGACAACUGAAGUCCUGGGGUUUGGUCUCAGCUCGUCCUCUACCCAGCACCUGCCUUUCCGCUUCUACGACCAGUGCCGCCGGGGCAGCAGCGACCCCACAGUACAGCGCUCUGUGUUUGCGUCGGUGGACAAGGUGCCAGGCUUCGCCGUGGCCCAGUGCAUGAACCAGCACAGCUCAUCCUCCCUGUCCUCGCCGUCGCCGUCUGCCAGCGGGAGCCCCAGCGGCAGUGGGAGCACCAGUCACUGCGACUCGGGGGGCGCCCGCUCGUCGUCCAGCCCCUCGGCCGCCCAGAGCCCUGCAGAUGACCCCAUGACUAUGGAGCAGCCUCAGCCUAACCUUCCCGACCAGUUGGUGAUCAUCAGUGAAACAGAAGCAGAGGCCAGGCCCAGCAAGAGCCUGGCGAGGAGCGCGGAUGUGGAGACAGUCAACCUGUGCCCCAGCCUCAUCCCCGCCCAGCAGCCCACCAUCUCCCUGCUUUGCGAGGACACUGCCGACACGCUGAGCGUGGAGUCACUGACUCUCGUCCCGCCCGUCGACCCCCAUAGCCUCCGCACCCUCACCGGCAUCCCCCCGCCACCCACACCAGCCGCGGUGGGCACAGGGACCCCGGGCGAGGGGGCUGCGCAGCCAGAGCCAGCGGGCCCCGCUGAGCACUGAGUUGACCUCCCUUCGUGCGUGCGGCCCCGCUGGCAGGGACCCGGAGCAGCUGACACGACAGACACCUCGGGAGCGUCUGAAGUUCUCCUCGGCCCGGUAACCGCCUCGAACCAUCCUUGCAGUCCUUUGCUCCGUUUGAAUUCCCCUUUUACUUCACACCUCUUUGAGAGCAGGCUGGGACCAGUGGCGACACCCCAGAGAACCCAGAUGACUGAGGCAGAGGAGGUUGGGCUGGUGUCAGAGCCCACGGCCCCAGGGCAGCAGGACCCACCGACAACACUCCCUUCAUCAGCCAGCCCCUCCCCAGUCUCGAAGGUCCUCUGCCAGCGUCCCCAGUGAGCACAGAAGAAGCGGACGUGGUCACUUUGUGUAGAAAUUUGUAGAAAAGCAAACUUCGAUAAACAUCUCCUUUGGAUAUUUAUUCCUGCUUCUGGCAGCAGAUGAAAAACAUCUAUUUUAAAAGUUCAAAAAAAAAUCCUCCACCCUGAGGUUUGAUGUCAUGUUAGAAGUGUAAUAUUACUGUCGAGAUUUCAUUUUCAUUUUGCCUUGAACUUCCCAGCGUUUUGGGUUUAGAGUUCUCAGUCUGGCUUUCUCCGUUGUCUUAAGGGAUUCCAUUUCUUUAUUACUCACUAACUCUGCAAGCCUAUGGAAUGAUAAAAGUCCCUUCCUGGAAAGGUUAGAGUAUUUUUUAAGCAAAAAUAAGGGAGAGACUCAUAUUCUCAGGUACACACAGAGCUGGGAGGGCCGAAAGUUUCUCUGCCGUGGCAGCCCAGGGGCCUUGCGUUACCCAGAAGAUCUUUCCAUGAAAGGGGGAUAGUGCAGUCAGCUCCCCGCUCAGGACCAUUCCUCGUCUCUCCGGACUGAAACCAAACAGGACGGUUUUCCGGCAUCACCUUCGGUUGUCCCCAUCUCUCUAUUUGUCUAAGAGAGAACGAUUUGGGACUGCAGACACUCCAGCCCCCGUGGCCGUGAUGGAAAGGAAAGGCCAUGGAAACCGUCCUCUGAGUCCGUCGCCUGCUGCUCAGUGGUGUGGGUGCCUGCAUGCAGGGACAUCCCGAGAACCAGCCCCCGCCCAGCUGCAAGGACGUGACGUCCGAGCUCACAGGGCCAUCCUAGGAGCUCGGGGUUUGUCCCUCUUCCUCUCAGCUGCUGCUGUAAAGAUGCAAGUUCGUUUUUAAAAUGGAAACCCCCAGUUCCUUCUCCAUUUGGGCUGGGUGUGUGCAGGCCAGGUCUCCGCUAUAUCCGAUAAAGCUCCCAGAAUGUUCUUUCUACUCAGCCAGGCAAGGCCAAUCGACCCUCACCUCUCUGGUUGAUGCUCAGACCUUCCAAAACUUGCCUCCACGUGUCCCCCAGGAGUGCCAGCACCCGUGGUGUCAGUGUCAGCCGGUCCGGGUUAUCAGGUGGCCUCAGGAAAUGCUCCGCACGCUUACCUCUUAGAGGACCCGCUCCCCGGUACCUCCCCCAAUCUGCUGUCAGGCAGGGCCUGCCCGGGCCAGACUUCAGCCUCCUGAAGGAAACACACUGGUCCCCUGAGGAAGGGGAGUGGCGCCUGCAGGACAGAUCUCUCCAGCCUUAAGAAGCCCUCCGGGCAGGUGAGCCCAGCCAGCACCAACAGGGGAAAGACCCAGCUCAGAAACGCAGCCAUUUAGGCAGAAAUUCCAGGGGCCCUGGCAAGGAGGGACAAGCCAUGACCUUCAGGAGAGUCCCCUGGAAAGGACAGGCAGGGGGAACGGAAAGAGGGAGAAAGUCCAUGUUGUCAGGGACAGGGGCCCCCUGGUUAUUCUGCCAGGAUGCAGCGGCAGGCCAGCCCCAGAGCCACUCACUGCCGGUUUUGAAACAAUUCUGGAGCAGCAGAAAUGAGAGGCCAGUGACCUCCCAGCCGGUGGCAUUAUCGUGAGGAACAAGCCGAGGCACGUGGACCCUGCCCUGGGACCACCAGCCUGCUGUCUGAAGUCCAGUGGCUCCAGGUGGCUUCAAGCUCUACAGGAGGAAAGUCUCGGCGGGGGGACAGCAUGCCCAGGAGGACCCGCAGCAGUAUCACCCAGGCAGGAGAGCUGAACGCAGCCCAGCCUCCAUGGGCUCUUGAAUAGCAGGUGCGAUCAGACCAAGCUUCCGCCCCACGUCUGGCCCAAGGGCAGGCCUCUCCCCGGGUGGGCUCGAGGGGUUGGUUGUGGGCAGCCCACAGCCGGCUGGCAGCCAGGUCUCCACUGUCUUGGCAGCAGUGGCACAGCUAUGUCUUCAGGAGCCCCCAGAAAAUCUAACAGUGGGGGCACCUCCAGAGGGGCCCGUCCAGACAGCAGGUGCUGGGACUCUGGGGCAGAGAGGUAGAGCCAGGAAUCCUUGGCGAGCCCGGGGCAGGGGCCAUGGCCUGUGACACGUGAGUACCAGACUCGGCCUCAGCAGGCCCGUCCAGCCCGCUAUCUCCAUGUCCCCGCAGAGACCCUCCCCAAGUCCACAUCGGGCCCACUGAGUUUGCCAAGUCAGGGGCAGGGCUGGCCACAUGAACCCCCAAACGUCAGCUUUGAAAGUUGCUGGGGAGAAGCACAUGUCCUUUCCAGUUUGGGACCUUGAGCCAGCGAGGACGCCUCUCAAAGUCAGACAGGUACGUGCGCCCCCCCCCCCCGGGGGGGUGGGGGGGAGGGACUGUCCUCCUGCCACCAGCAGGCCCUCUGUGCUGCCCUUCCCCCCAUCACGCCUGCCUUGGUUGCUGCUCUCUGCAGAAGGCAGCUCCCACCCAAGCACCUGCACUGCGACCUGGGGGUGGGCGAGGAAACGCACGUCUUAACAGGCAUACACCAAGAUUUCUCUAAGGUCUCAAGAUGCACUGUUCAAAAAGGCACAGGGUGAACCAAUUCUCAUCUUCUUUUCUAGACGAAAUAAAUAAGAAAUAUUUAAUGUAGUCAUGAUGAUAUUGGGCAUAAACCUUAAGGGUUCCUUAAGUUCCUCUGAGUUGAAAAUAUGUAAAUAAUUCUUGUCCCAAGGAGGAGCGGGGCUGGGAAACCUCAUGCUUCUGGGCUACGGGACCGUUCCAGGGAAGUACCUGCUCUCGCCAGCAUGACUCAUGUUUCGUGGGUACUGAACACGAGGGUGGAAAUGAAAACUGGAACUUCCUUGUAAAUCUGAACUUGGCAAUAAAAGAAAAAAAGUUA